AGAGGGGAAUGAGGGGAGGUUUGGCGAUGGUCCAGGAGAAGCGGGAGACAGAGUCCAGGACGCCUGGUUCAGAGAGAGAGAGAUAGAGAGAGAGGGGGGGGGGGCGUUCACCGGAAAUCAAGAACUGGUGUUUGCAGGUGGGAUUAGUGUACCCUGUGGGGGACCACAGGGUAAGGUGGGGGAAAUUUCCCCUUCCCCAUCCUGGUGUGGCCCUCUUGUGGCCUUCUCGGCAGCCACGGAGGUUCAUGCUAAUGACGUCCUUUGCCCCCCAGCUUCCUCAGGUCACGGCGUCUGCGCCAAGCGCACGUCAGACGCCGGCAGCAGCAGCAGUGACAGCCGCAAACCUGCAGCUGCUUGAUGGUCAGUUGAAACACGUGCCAGCACCAUCCCCCGUGCACGCCCGCACGCCUGUUACGCCUGCACGCCCGCUCCGCAUCACUCCCCUGACCUGCCAGGCAAACACACCAGGUCACCUUCUGGGAAAGAUAUUAACGAGUAACUGGAAGAGAUAGAGGUACAAGAAUCUGCGAGAGAGAGAGAGAGGGAGGUGAGUUGGCGUGCGCCGCUGCGGCCAAUCAGCGGCUGUCGCAGCGGGGAGGCGGAGCCACCAAACAACUCACCGGCAUAUAUAAAGUAGGAGGGUAGAGACUAGCGCAUUUGUUGCAUGUGCGGCAUGAAGGUGUACGCUGUGUCAUGGCGGCUUAGUGGGAGAGAUAACACGUGACGGUGAACUACCUCAUUCCUCCCCCACCACCACCACCCCCUACCACUACUACCACCACCACCCCCCUCUCUCUCUCUCUCUCUCUCUCUCCCAAACAUGAAAGUGCUUAGUGUUACGUUGGUCGGAGCGCUGCUGCUACUGCUCCUGGGCCUCCUGCAGCAGGCCUGGGCGAGGGCCACCUCAGCGGUCAACCCUCAACAGGUCGCUGAUGACGCCCACCGCUACGGACGGAACUCUGACGGCGCUGGGAGGUACUCCCUCCUGGCAGGCCCUGCGAGACAAGCCCUCAGCCCUCUGCAUCCUCUCCGUGGUGACGACACCACCGCCGAGGAUAGUCAGGAGGAGGAAGACGAAGAGGAGGACGAGGACGAAGAGGAGGAGGAGGAUGAAGAGGACCGGGAUUUCGAAUGGUCUGCCGAAGAUCUGGACAUGAUCAAGCAGAAAAUCCUGGAUGGCCUUGGUCUGACAACUAUCCCAUUGAGGUCCAAGGCCAACGUGACCAAAGAGGAGUACGACCAGGCCUAUAGCGAGUACAUGCGACUCGUGCAGGAGGAGGCCAAGAACACCGAGUCGUACUUGAGAGACGAGGACGAGCAGGAGGACGAGGAGGGAGAACAGAAGGUGGCGCAGCAGAGGAGACCUGAAGUGGCAGAGUACCGCUUCUUCAGCACUGGUGUCUCCCACCACUCAAGAAGAGGACGGCGGAGCACGGGCGUGGAGGGCCAGGUGGUACACUUCCACGUGGCGGUGCCGGUGAGACGUGUCUAUCACCACGCACACGACGUGAAGCUGGCCACGUGUCGCUUGUGGAAGACCGGCGGGCCGGCACCACACGACCCGUCGCACGACACAGUCACCGUCACCCUCUACCAGAUGAACAGCCUCAACCGGCGCAGGCGACGCCGCAAGCAGGAUCCUGUCCUCAUACAGUCUCUCAAUGUGUCCGUGACGGGCGAUGAGUGGCUGACCGUGGACGUGACGGACACGGUGCGAGACUGGCUGGAGACGCCGCGGGAAGACGCCGGCGUCCUGGUGCAGUGCCCUGACUGCGGUGCCGCUGGCGUCACCAUACACACGGGCGCAAGCACCUCUAACACGUCGUAUGUACCCACGCUGGACGUGCAGACUCAGGUGCCAGCCGGGCGGAGAGUGAAGCGAUCACCGGAGCUGAAGCGGGCAACCAAAGCCAAGUGGCGCCGGAACGGCGACUGCCGUGACAUGAAUCCCAGCGAGCGCCACCGUCGCUCGCGCUGCUGCCGGCGCUCCAUGAAGGUCCGCUUCAAGGACCUCCCCGACUUCGAUUUCGUGGAAUCUCCGGACAUAUUCGACGCGUUCUACUGCAGCGGGAGGUGUCCGCCCCGCUACAACCCAGCCAACGAACAUGCGCUGCUACAGUCACUGCUAAAAAUGAAACACAAGAAGAAGAUCCCCAGGCCGUGCUGCGCCCCCACUGCGCUGAAGGGACUGCAUAUCCUGCACUUCAACGACCAGGGAAAGCUCACUACCACUUACUGGGAUGACAUGAUCGUCACAGAGUGCGGCUGCGCCUGAGACAGCCACCGUCUUAGUCCAGUAGCAGCAGAGUCCGGGCUGUGUCCCGCGCCAGAGGGUGCCCGCCGCAGCCGCAGCCGCAAGGGUGCUCCUCACUAGUCACUCCCACUACGCUUCCUGAACCGGCAGGGUGACGUCGCCAGGAUGAGCCGCUGCCGACGGCGUCUAGCAGGCAGCCCCCAGCGGCUGCCUCGCCGUCUGACCCACAGUGUGCUCCGUGUUAUAGUGUUCAGGCGUACGCUCCGGUGUUCCGUGUUCCGUGUACGUGACUUUGUUCCUCCAUGCAUCAUGGUGUUCCUUAGUUGACUGGCAACUCGCAGAAGGACUAAACAUUCCGCUAUAUCAGGCGGUAGUGUGUGUUAAUGUGUACAUAGAGUACUGCCCUUUCUCCCUCCCACAACCCAGCGCCUUUUCCCAGAGUCCAGAAGCCUCCUCUUUAUCUCAGCACACUUCCCUGCAACUCAUCUCGUCUCCCUCCUCAGCCAACUCCUGACGUUUCCUCACUUCAGUAUUGUCUCUCACUUAUAUAUACUCAGUCACCCCACAACCAUCCCUCUAUCCUGAACCACUCUUCAUACACCCCACAACCAUCCUGAACUGCCCUCUCCUCCCUACUCAUAGACGCUGGGAAUCUUGAGUUGUCAUGUUUGAUGUUGUGGACUCAGACAGCGAUGUGGUGUAAAAAUUUUUUU